GUUUGUUUGAGAUCAGCAGGAGGUGACAACAGCGAGUGUGUAAGCUGUGCGAUAUAUCCGGGCCUUCCUGUAACAGUUUUCCUCGUAAGCGGGUCGGAGACCUCGUGUCCACCUCCCAGCUGUGCGUGAACCUGCACCAGUUGCGUCGCGAGGUUGGCGUCGUCUCAACGUCAGUCACGAUUGGAUCGUUCUCGAGGUAGUUCCUCUCUGCAGGCAGCGAUCCCUAUAUCGUAGUCAUGUGAGCUGAGACUAAAGGUGUACCACUCAUUUUGUUGUGUGUAUAUGUACGCAUAAAAGAGGUGAUUUCCUGAGUUCUUAGGUGUUGAAUACUUGCACGUUGAACUAAGAAAGUGGGUGAAGAAGGGAGAAUGUAUCAGAAGAGCAGCGGAGAUUACGAAGAGGGUUCCGGAUAUUUAAAGCGUGCUAAUAAUGAACGUCUCCACGAAAUAUUUAAUCAGUACGCUUCACAAGAGAAGAAUGGCGAGAGGUUCAUGACCUCGUCCGAUUUUGUCCGAAGUUACCUUGGACUCUAUACCAAUCCAGAUUACAAUCCUGACUCUGUUAAUUUGCUCGCUGGUAUCGUUGAUACCAGUAAAGAUGGGCUCAUAUCAUUUGCUGAGUUCCAAGCAUUCGAAGGGUUACUCUGUGUGCCAGAUGCCCUAUACAAGACAGCCUUCCAGCUGUUCGAUACUAAUGGAAAUGGAAUGGUUGCAUUUGACGAGUUCGCUGAGGUGAUGCGGAAAACGGAACUUCAUCAAAGGAUGCCUUUCAACAUGGACAGCAGUUUUAUUAAACUUUAUUUUGGGAAGGAUAAGAAACGACUGAUUAGUUACGCGGAGUUCAGUCAGUUCUUGCAUGAUUUUCAUGAAGAAUACGCAACGGAAGCAUUCAAGAAAUUUGACAAAGAUGGUCAGGGUUUCAUCUCGGCGUUAGACUUCCAGGAUAUUAUGCUCAGUAUAAAAAACCAUUUGUUGACUAAGGAUGUGAGAGACAACUUGGUUGCCGCAGCUAGCACCGGACAAGGUGGACGAAAAGUUAGCUUUCCAUAUUUCAUGGCGUUUAAUUCUCUCUUGAACAACAUGGAGCUUAUUAAACGUAUUUAUCUUAACGCGACGAACGGCCAUAGAUAUGAAGAAGUUACUAAAGAGAGAUUUCUUCAUUCCGCACAAAUGAUGUCUCAAAUCACGCCGUUGGAGGUGGACAUUCUUUUCCAGCUAUGCGAUUUGCUACAUCAUACUGGAUCUACGGAAGAUGACGAGGCAGAUUCGCGGCUUGGGAAAAUAGUGUACAGUGAUCUUGUGGCUAUUACUCCUGAGCAGUAUUUCAAGCAGAUCACGAAACGUUUAGCUGAAAUCAAAGCGGUAUCGAGUCCUGACGAGCGCGGAGUGAUUGUACAGAUACUUGAGAGUGGAUAUCGGUUCGUUUUGGGAUCCAUAGGUGGAGCUGUUGGUGCCACAGCUGUGUAUCCCAUUGAUUUGGUGAAGACGAGGAUGCAAAAUCAGAGGACUGGUUCUUUGGUUGGGGAGCUGAUGUACAGGAACAGCUAUGAUUGCUUCAAAAAGGUGAUCCGGCACGAGGGCUUCUUCGGCCUUUAUCGAGGUUUGAUACCCCAGUUGAUGGGCGUAGCGCCAGAAAAAGCCAUUAAGCUUACCGUCAACGAUUUCGUCAGAGAUAAGUUCAUGGAUAAAAAUGGCAAUUUGCCACUUUAUGGGGAAAUUAUAUCCGGUGCUUGUGCGGGAGGUUCUCAAGUAAUAUUUACGAAUCCCUUGGAAAUUGUGAAGAUUCGGCUGCAAGUAGCUGGAGAAAUAGCAGGGGGUUCAAAAGUUAGGGCUUGGACUGUCGUCAAAGAGUUAGGCUUAUUUGGCUUGUAUAAAGGUGCAAAAGCCUGUUUCUUGAGGGAUGUACCUUUCAGUGCAAUUUACUUUCCGAUGUACGCUCACACAAAGGCACGAUUAGCGGAUGAGGGAGGUUACAAUACUCUUCUGUCGCUAUUGGUAUCUGGCGCGAUUGCUGGUGUUCCUGCAGCAGCGCUGGUCACUCCUGCAGAUGUAAUAAAGACCAGAUUACAAGUUGUAGCUAGACGAGGUCAGACAACGUAUAGUGGAUUAUUAGACUGUGCGAAGAAAAUUUAUAGGGAAGAAGGCGCAAGGGCGUUUUGGAAAGGAGCUACAGGACCCGGCGACUUACUUCUAACACGAGUCUGUAGAUCAUCGCCUCAAUUUGGCGUCACCCUCUUCACUUACGAGCUUUUGCAAAGGCUUUUCGUAGUUGAUUUUGGAGGAUCACGACCUACGGGUUCUGAGCAGAAGGUACCUACAACAGGAGUGGCAGAGGAGAUUCGGUCAACCAACCCUGACCACAUAGGAGGCUAUCAAAUUGCCCUACCAAUCUUCACUGGCAUUGAAACGAAAUUCGGUUUGUGCCUACCGAGGUUCCAAGUUAUUCCAGACAGCAUCAGAAAAAUUCCGUAUCAAGUCGCUGAAUACUUAGAUUUCGAGAAGAACGAAUAAACCGAGCUCCACAAAACCAUGAAUCGAACGAAAUGAGAACUCGUUGAUCGAUCUGGUAUAUUAUCCUUCUUGAUCGGGAUGAGGAGGAACAUCAUAGGACGUAGAAUGCUUACGGUCAACGGCAGUGUGGCAGGAUAGUAGAUACGAACAAAAAAGAAGAGGAUAGAGAAGACAGAGAUUCUUCCAAAUUGAUACUUGUAUAUUUGUAAACAUACAAGGGUAAAGGAAUGUGUUAGAAAUAUGUUGGAGGCUAUAGAAGAUUUCUUAGGUCUAGCUUGAUGAACAUAUAGCUAGAACCGAUGAUGAAUGAACAGCGUCAACGCGCACAACCUAAUGGGUGAUAAUCUGUUCACCGAAACCGAGAUAGUAGAAAAAUGUGGCAAAAUCACACAGGGUUUAGACAAGUUAAACGCAGACGGUAUAGCCUAAAGACAUUAAAACGAGUGCAGUCUUUUUACGCUUACGUUAUGCAAGUGUGGAGCUCGAAUGAAUUGGCGAUGCGAAAAAGCAGAAGUUAUCUUCUUUGUAUAUUUUUUUUAUCUACAAUUUCGCACACUUUACAUUUCACCCUUUACACUUAACUUAAAACAGUGAACAACAGAUUCUUCAGAUUACAUGCAGUGAUAAUGUAUCUUUUUUUCUAUUAUUAUUUUACUUUUGCAGAAUUUUUUGUGGAAAUUACAAAAAAUGUCUUUUUAAAAGUAGUGCAAAGGGUGAAAUUAUUUGUGUCAUAUUGUUCCAGAUUAACCUCUUUAGCGAGAGAGAAUCGGUUAGCACCUCAAACCUUGUUUUAUAUCAAUGUGACAGCAAUAUUACUUUUUCUACUUUUUAUAUAUAAUUCGAAUACAUACUUAUUCCUAUACAAAUUCAUGUGUUAAAAGGUUCACACUAUUUUUGUAGAGUUGUACUCGACUGCAGUAGAAGUAGAAGCUCCAUAAGAGGGUUUCCGUUUCUCUAAGGAUACUGUCAAAAUACUGUCGCCUUACCGUUUCUCUCGACCUGUUAAAAUCGCUUCUAGAGCUUUUUACAGAUUUUUAGGAAAACUAUACGACUUAUUGAUCGCUGUUUUACUGAUCGAACAGUCGUUGAGUCUACUAUGUUGUUAAUCUGUUUUUUUACUCUUCUUCUAGUCGCAACUGCCAUUCAUUUACUUAUUUCUCUUCAAGUGUUCGAUAAUGUAACGGUAUAGUUAUUUCGUUUGAUUGACGAUUGCUGUCUUGAUGAAGUAUUGUUCAAAUAAUAUAGAGAAUUUUGUUCAUUCUAUCGCACAGUGACACCAGAGGCCACUGUAUAACUUCUCUGUUUAUCAAAAAUUUGUAAAAAACGCCACACGUUCUGUAUCAUAUGAGAUUCUAAUACUGUCAAGGAUCGCGUAGUAUUUUGUCCUAUUUCAGACAAUACUUCAAUUGGAACAUGGAGUCUCAUAUGAUACUACAAAACGUUCUGAAACAUGAUUCUUUUCUACAUUUUUUGUCCGCUUUUUGAAGCAAUUCGGCGCGGCUUCCACGCGUUUACCAUGUUACCUAUGAGAGAUAAUCGAGUUCUAUUUGUAAGUAAGGAUUUAUCGAGAGAUUGAGGAGCGUUUUAAAACGAUAAAAGGAGGACUGGAUCCUUCAUCCCUAGUUACGUUCGCGGGUCUCGAGCUAUUUUAUAUUGCACCCGUGGAUCGAAGAAACUAUAUAAAUUAUUUCAUCGAUCGUCUGAAAUAUCUGAAAGACAUAAUGUCUCAUGUUUUGUCCAAAUAGGAACAAAGAAAAUUUUUCUUCAUUCUUCUGCAAAUUAAUGUAUGAAACUUUCAUGCUGAAUUAUAGAUCGUAAUGAUAUCUUUAAUAAUUUUGGACGAUCAGAUCGACCAAUAUCACGUUGGUUUUUUGUCAAGAUGUUUGAAAAGCCGUGAAAUGUUCCCUCCCGCAGUUCGAUAUACAUAUGCUAUUUAACGAUACACGUCGGCUCCUAUUUGCUAUAGAGGAAAUUAGAUUGCUUGAGUCGAGCUUUCAACGCUUUCGAUUGAACAUUCCGAAGUGUGCGGGCACAGAUUCGCGAAAGUAAUAUUUAUACCAUCUUUUAAAAUCGCCUGAACUGUCAUCAUAAUCAUAUUUUCAAAUUUGUUAUUCAACGAUCGCUUUACUCAGAGAAUAAAUGCUUCAAAGCGUCUUGGGCUAUGUAAAUUCAUGACUUAUUGAUUUUUUAAGCUUGUUUAUGAUGAGAGCUAGUUCAGGUGACUUUGUAGAAUCAUCGAGGAUCAUUAUAAUGAUCGAUCGUCAGCGAAAUGCGAUUCACUAAUAGUUUUCAUUACCGGCUAUUGUAUAUACCUUUUCGUGUGUAUGCCGUUGGUCGAAAUCUCGGGCCAUUUGCCACAAAAGUGAAGAAAACAGGGUUUGUCGUCAGACCUCGAUAUAAUACUUGAGUUGACAUUUUGUGCAGUGUAAUUUUAAAAAUGUUAUUUGGUUCAAGCACAGAGAACAGUUAUAUCAAUUUAUAAAGAAAAAGAAAAAAAUACAUUCUGAAAAUGUCUACUUUUGCAAUGCAGUUUUAAGGCAAAUUUAGUCUUCCUUUAAAGCAGUGUGUCGUGUAAAUUAGGUUCUGGAGUUUAAAAUUAGUCUAGAUUUCUCUCAAAUACUGAAUCUACUCAUGUACCUACAUAUAUUUAACACUAUAUCUAAUGUAGUAUCGACCAAGUAAAACUCCAGAAACUGUUCUAAAUAACGUCAUAAAAAUAAGCGGCUAUAAUUGUUAAAAAGCAUUAAAGUAUUAUCAUAUGAAUUGACAAUUUGUCGGUAUUCGGUUUAAACGAUUGAUAUAUUUUAGUAAUGCUGAACAAAGGAACAGUAAAACAUAAAACAGAGAAUCAGAGGCACACGCUGGCUUUUAGACCAAAAGAAAUGUAUUUUUUCUGUCCUACAUGGUGCUUCGUGAUCAAUGAAAUCACGUGCAAACGGAAGAAAGAAAAAAAUGAUGUGUAUAUAAAAGAUAAGGAAUAUGAUUAAGGGGCAACUGAAAUAUAAAAAUGGUUUAGAAGGUUGCUUUUUGGCCCGAAAUAUCAACUCAACUAUCCCGAUCAUAUAGUUCGAUGUAUAUACAUACAUAUAUUGUAUAAAAUAUAUAAUUAGCCGGUGUAUGUCGCGUUGUGCAUAUAGCACACACAGUUGGCAAAUGCGAAUACUGGAAUACGUUUAGUUAUGUUCGACUUGAUUUAUCUGCGGUCGGUAACUAACUCAGUUAAUAAGCACUAAAUUACUGACUUUGCUCUCUAGAGCCCAACGGUUGGUAAUCGAUUACCGACCCAAACGUAAUGAAUGAAAAAAAUAAAAAGGGACAGUUAUCUUAUUGAUAGAGACGUUCCAAGUGCCAAACGAAUAUUUUUGAAGUUUUAACUUAUAUUUUGGCACUUUGAGUCUUGUUUUCUCUUGCAAAUCGUUUUAUUUAUUUCGUGGUUCGAGUCGAAUUCGAUGAUUGUAGGAAAGUAUUCGCAGGCGUUUGAGAGUAUACAAAUAAUAAUAAAAGUUCAGGAAUCCGUCGUGGGCAUUCGCAGCUCAAUACACUUUGGUUUUUAUAUCAUCACACUGUUGAACAGUUUUUCUCGAUAUUUCUGCACUAUCUCUAAUCAUUGUUCUUAGUACGACUUACCUCUUAUUAUUGUUGUCGUCACAAUUUUUAAUGUUGCUAUGAAUAUUUGUCAAGUUUAAAGAAAAAGAAGAAUGUGCACUGUCACUCCUCUCUCCCCACACACUUGCAGGCGUGAUUAUCAUGAUUGUAAUAAGGAAAAAAGAGAACAGGAGGAAUCAGAUACGCAGUUCGAAGGAAUUGAAAAAUUUCUAGUCUCCAUAAAACUUGCGCCUUAAGAAGCGAAUAAAAUGUUUCCUUUUUGUUCGUAUUUCAUUUCUACACUGCAUUGCU